AAACAAAAGACCCGAAGAAAAUAAGGGUGUGGUGAACUAAAUUGAACGGCAAUAAAAGAUUGGGAGAAAAAGAGGGAAGCAAUCGCUGUCAAGCGUAGCUCAAAUUUUACCUCCAGGUCCUCUACCAGAACUCCAUAUUCUGGCAGCCUCGCGUUGUCUAUCUCCUACUCGUAACAUAACAUUUUCUCUUUACUCUCUCUCUGUUACUAAGCUAAGCUAAGCUAAACUAAGCAGCUGACACUGACUCCGAGAACCGCGAUGGCCCACGGCGGCUACGGGAAGCGUAGAGUCGCCGAACGGAAGCCUCAUGUGGGGCGGCGAUCCAAGGGAAUAGGUGUCGAGAAGAAGCCAAAGCCUAAGUCCGUGUCUCUUAAGAACCAGAUUCGCUCAACCGAGCGCAUGCUCCGCAAGGAACUUCCUCCUGAAAUUAGAGAGGCUCAAGAACAAAAGUUAGAAGGACUUAAGAAGCAACAGGAGAUUCAUACUCGUCUGGCUUUGGAACGCAAAAUAUUCUUGCGAGAUAGGAAGAUAAAAUUUUUUGAAAGAAGAAAGGUAGAGAGAAGAAUUAGGCGUCUGGAGAAACUGCAGCGUGCUUCAUCUGGUCAGGCACAAGAUGCUCAGAUUGCUGAACAGCUUUCUAAAUUGAAAGAAGAUCUUGAAUACGUUAGGUUUUUUCCCAAGACUGAAAAAUAUGUAUCUUUGUUUACUGGAGGCGAGGAUUCAGAUAUAGUUGAUAGAAGAAAUGGAUUGCGCAAGCUGAUUAAAGCCAAUUUAGUUGCUGCUGCAGCUAGUGGGAAGGAUUUGGAAGAAACCGGUAGUGAGGAUGAUGGGCUUUUGGAUUUGAGUGAAGAUGAUUUCUUCUUAACUGGAACCUCAAGUGAUGAAGCAGAUGCAGAUGAUGAAUGGACUGAUAAAAGUACGAGGGAACAAGCUUCUAGCACGUCUGGAAAAGCAGCAUCUGGUAUGUCCAGUGAUGAAAGGAACCAGAGGCAGAUGUCUGCUAGGGCCCUAAUGCCUCCUCCUCGGCCUUCAAACAACUCCCGUCCAAAUUCAACACGCACUCAAUCAAGAUUUGGAGCUUCAUCAAGCAAAAAUUCAUGGACGCAGAGAGCUGAAAUUUCUACUUCCAGUAAUACGUCAAGUAGCAGAAGUGGAUCUUCCUUCAAAGCAGGAGGAUCUUCAAAUACAAGGAGUGGCCACAGUAGUAAUCUAAGUUCAAACUCUGAUGCCCACAAACCCCGAAGGAAGAGGAGGCCAAAGAAGAAAAAGCAACAGGCAUGAAGUAGAUGAACUCAGCAUUCAUGCAACUUCAUUAUAACCAAUUGCAGUUGAUUAUCAGAAGCCAGUAAUGAAUUACUUUUACAUUCCAUUUUAACCACCAAAUAUUUUUUUUUUUUUUUGAUUAAUCAGUCAGACGUCUGUACUUAGCUCCCUGGAAUGAUUUAUUUGGGAUCACCUUCAGUAUUAACUGUUAUUGAAGUCAGUCUUUGAUCAAUAGAUGACAGAGCCUUUACGAUCAUUUUUUCAAUUCGAAAAGGGAUCAUUGAUUUUCUCAGUACAAACAUGAAUUUAGUCUUCCAAUCUGGAUUUUGGGUGUCAUACAGUACAGGUUUCUAUCAGAUUUGGUUGAGAGGAGCAAUCCACAAAUGUGCAACUUCAUGUUGUAUCCUUAAGUUCUUAUGAUGGAUAGUUUAUGUAUUGAGAUGAAAAUUAUUUCAUUUGCUAUUUCA